GCUGUCUGCCACACCUCCCUCCCCCUGUGCCUGUGUCCGAAAACCAGCCCUGCUGAAACAGAGGCCAGAGUUUCACAUUCCCUCAGGGGAUAUUGAGAAGAGAGAGAGUGACAGUUUAGAUAUUCAGAGAGAGAGAGAGAGAGAGAGAGAGAGAGAGAGAGAGAAAGAGAGAUAGAGAGGAAGGACACGCCGCCUACCUGAAGAAGGGGAGGUACAAGGCAUGACAGUAGACUGAGGCAGGGCAAAUGAGACGGAGAGAGCGAGCGAGAGAGGGAGAGAGAGAACAACAGAGUGUGAAAAGGCAAAAUAAAUCACCUGCCUCUCAGAUGGUCAGCCAUAAUUGCUGUCAGCAACACUGUGAAGAAACCCAGGAGAACUGCAUUCCAGAAGCUCGGACUGCUUUCCUCCCCUCUUACUUCUCCUCUCAGUUUUGUCCCUGUGCUUGUUUUUCUGAGGAAGCCAAGAACCUACUCUCUGGGACUUACCUUUGUGCGGGAGAGAACUUUUGCAACCCAGGACCGUGCCAGUGCCAUGCUGUGGUAAUCCAGUGUAAAAGCCCGUGUCACAGAUGGAGCUGAAAGUGUGGGUGGACGGCGUGGUGCGGGUGGUUUGUGGUCUGUCCGAGGAGACGUCCUGCGAGGAUGUGGUCAUCGCUCUUGCCCAGGCCAUUGGUCAGACGGGCCGUUACGUUCUGAUCCAGAAGCUCAGAGAUACGGAGCGGCAGCUGCUGGCUAAUGAGCGGCCACUGGAGUCCCUGGCUAAACUGGGCCAGCUGGGCAGCGAGGUUCAGUUCUUCCUGCGCCGCACCGGGCCCAGCAGCAGCGAUGGGCCGGCUCCAGACAGAGGAUUUCCUCUACCUAAACUUCCAGAGCCGGAGCCCCCGAAACGCAGGGAGCCGAAGAAGUCCCUCACCUUCAACCUGGGCCCCUCCUGCUCACCCAGAACUAAAAUAAAGCAGUUUAAGAAGCCGCCCAGAGACUCCCCAGAGCAGAGAGCGUCGCCCACUCCUCCUCCCCCAGCCCCCUCUAACGGCGUGUCCAAGGACGAGGUGUACCGUCAGGUGCUGCAGCAGCAGGAGAUGCUCCAGGCUCUGCAGGCCCAGCUGGAGGCCCUGGACCAGGAGGCCUGGGAGCUGGAGCAGCCCCCCGUCCCAGACCCCCGGCGGAAGGAAGAGCUGGAGCUGCUGGAUCAGACGGUGCGGAGGAACGAGGCGGAGCUGGCGCACGAGGACUUCUGGGAGAAGGAGCUGCGGGUGGAGGCGGGCCGGGAGCAGGGCAUGCGCAGGCAGCUGGAGGACCUGCGCUCCAAGACGGACAGCUGCGGGCGCCGGCUGCACGAUUUCGCCGCCCGCUCGGCGCAGCUGGAGCAGGAGAUCCAGCAGGAGAGCUCCCGGAGCGCGCCGCCCCCAUCCGAGGAGACGCUGGCUGCGCUGAAGGCGGAGGUGCAGAGGCAGCAGCAUCAUGGGGCUGAGCUGGAGGACUCCCUGACCGACACGGAGAGGGCGCUGGAGAGAGUGGACAAACUGCUGCAGGUUAAGAAUCAGGAGCUGGACGACCUGAACAAAGAGCUGCGGCAGUGCAACCUGCAGCAGUUCAUCCAGCAGGCGGGCGUCCCCGCCAGCCAAUCGCAAGCGCGCACAGACCUCCAAGAGCAGCUGGAGCAGCUGGAGCUGGCACGCCUCCUACCUGAAGGAUCCUGCAGUAAAGACUCCGUCCCGUUUCCCACGGAGUCGCCCCCUCGUCCCACUGCCAAGCAAUUCCUGGGAAACCCCCGUAACCUGCAGAACCCCCUGGUGUCCAGACUCAACCCCGAGGUCCUGACAUCCAGAGAGUCAUCGUGGAGAUAAAACGGCUACCGCAAGCCCGCGGAUUUCUGUCACUGCUCACUUUGUCACCACGUAUUAUCUUGUUAUUAAAGCUGUCAUUUUUGAUAUCAUAUAUAUAUAUAUAUAUUGU